CCAGGCACGCUGAGACGCACGGAAGAGGUUAGACCUGUAAAGUUGUGGUGUCUAGUGGUAUUUUCUCGCUAUGGACACUGAACGCAGCAAGCCACACAAGUCGGGGAAGCGUUGUUCCGUGUUAGGGUGCAUGGAGAAACAAGGGCCCAUGUUUAUAUUUCCGAAAGACGAGACAAAGCGCCUUCGGUGGAGAGAGGCCACCAGAAUCAUCAAAGACCCCUCUUAUUACUCGUACGUUUGCAUUCGACAUUUUUGCGGUUCCGAUAUAAUUACACAGGGAACGGUGCGCGUCGCUUGAAAAAGAAUGCAAUUCCAACCCUUCACUUGCCUGCCGAUGAUUCUUUGAUCAAGAAAAAGGAAAGACACUCUUGCAUUGUUAGAGGCUGCAGUUAUGGUUUAAGCGAUGGUGUUACUUUGCACAAUUUUCCAGCAAGCAUUGUACGACAAGAGGAGUGGAAGGCUGUUGUGAAAGUGGAAAAUGUGUCCCAAUACACAAGAAUCUGCAGCAGACACUUUGAGCCCUCAAAUUUUAGAGAGUUUAGCGAUGGGAGGAGAGUUCUGAGUUCCGAUGCUUUCCCAAGUCUCCACCUGCCAGGAACGGGCGAUGACAGUGGCUGCCAAGGAGCAGAAUGUAUUGACAUCAAAAAGUUUUAAAAUUUUUUGCAAAAAGUGUCAAGUAGCUGAAGGGCUUCGUGGGCAGCCUAUACCUGAUGGUGAAGACAGUGGCAGUGAUAGUGUUAGUGAUGUGAAGGAGGCUUGUGAUCUGGUUCGUGAUCCUGAAGAGUUGCCUGUUUCCGAAGUUCUCAGUGACCUACGUAGUUCUGUGUUGUGUGAUCUUAGUGAUUCUGAGGCCGCUGAAGUGGGCAGCACUAUGUUACAGCUUACCACCACUGCUUCUGAUAACGCUACUUCACCUACUGGACCAUCAAUGCAUUAUUUGGUGAGCAGGUCUUGCCAGUGACAGUCCAGUCCACUGCAAAGCUUUUCGUUCGUGACAAAGAUAUUGUCAUUUUAAAGUGUUCACGGCAAGAAGAAAAAAUGCUGGCACGGUGCGCUCUUUUAGGCUGCAGGCCUGGCGAGAAGCCGAAAUUGCACAAGUUUCCUGCCAACAAGGUGCUGGCCGAGCUGUGCGCCAACUUUGUGAGCGAGCACAACGUCUCUACCGGAAAGGGCCCUGGGAAACCGUACUCAGGCGCUACAGUGUGCAGGCUGCACUUUAUUCCAACUUGCUACAAAACGUCGUCAGGGCGCUUGGGCGCUGGAAGUGUGCCCAGCAUCCCACCUCAGCAAGUUUUCUCACCUUCCUCUGAGGAGACCAAUAUGUCUCAGAAUAAGGAGAGUAAAGAAUCUAAUGCGGAAGGCCAGAGUGGAGCUGAGGAUGUUUGCCCUUCGGAGAUUGUGACGUGGAUUCGUGAUGAAGAGUCCCUGGACCCUGAUGAACCAGACGAUCCAGAUGUUGAUGGUCCUACACUGCCAUCAAAACGUAAAAGGAGUCUCUUUAACGAGUUUGAAGCCAUGGAGGAAGGAUCCAAAAUGGACUGUGAAGCUGCUCCGCUGCCAAACAUAGAGGAGUGUGAGGUUUCGACUGGGUCUGUGAAAGAAGCUGCAACGCCACCUCCUUCAAAACCGCCCCAGUCGGAACCACUGUCACCCGGAGAGAUUGAGUCCCUAAUGAGGGAAACCUCCCGGAAGAAAUACCCUGGAGAUAUUACGGAGGAUGAUUUUGUCUCUCCUCAUAGUCGACGGAGAGCAUUCAACAUUCUGCAGGACGCUUUGGCCGAGUCCAAAAGAGAACUUGCAAAUACCAAGAAGUCAUUUAAGAGACUGGAACAGAAGUACAAGACUCUACAGGAUAUUGUAAUGGAGCUGCGCAAGAAUAAUUUUUUGAGCAUCGAAGGCCAACGGUUGCUUGAGGUUAAACUCAAGUUUUAAUACCCUUCCACCCUCCCCCUACCUUGUUCCUUUCCCCACUAGCAUGCCAAUCCCCUUCCACCUUCUCUACCUUAGUGAGGAAUUCUGAGAAUACUGUCUGCAAGAACAAAAACCUUGCAGUGUUCCUGAACAAUAUCACCCUUUUUCUUCCAGACCUUCUGUGGCUAUUCCACUUGCUACUUCCCCAUGCUGUCUAUGUAAUUUUGUUCUAACUGGUCAGUGUGUGGCAUCUCAGAUAUCAUUUGGGUGUGAUGCGGUGUCAUGCACUGCUAAGGACUGUGAUCUUCCGUCUGUGAUAGACUGAACUAAUCUGUGAUAAUUUUGGAAUGAACUUAAAACCUUUAAAUUUUAAAUUCAAAAGUAUAUUCUGAGGUGUCUUGGACACCAUGUCUCGAGCCGUGUCUUCAUUAAAUCCAUUGAUUUGGAUAAAACGGAGUAGCAAGUUAUUUGUAGAUUAAGUUAGUAGUAAGUAUUAAUUGUAAGCUAAUUGUUCCUCCUGUGUUCUCAAAUGAUCCAUUAUGUAAGGACAGGGCUUACCCCUUCACCUGCUCUUGUAUAAAUGAAUAAAUUAAACAGACCUGCAUCUCUGUUUUCA